CAGUAAGUACCCUGCAAGCUGGUUCAGCCUCCAUCCUACCCGUUCCUUUGAUGAACUAGGGUCCACCUCACUUUACAACAAGAUGUCUCAGCUCUUAAAAAGCAUUGUCACCGUAAUUGAUGUCUUCUACAAUUAUUGUGGCCAGGAUGAGGAAUGUGACACCUUGUGCAAAAAGGAACUUAAGGAACUUUUGAAUAAAGAGAUGGGUCCACUUCUGAAGAAUCCCAACAAUCCUGAUACUGUGGAUGUCUUCAUGCAAAUCUUAGACCGGGAUCAUGACAGAAGAGUGGACUUUACUGAAUAUCUGCUGAUGGUAUUCAAGUUGACCAUGGCCUGCAAUAAAUCUGUUGUCAAUGAAUAUUGCCAUGCUUCAGGGUCAAAGCAGAAACACCAAGGUCGUCAUCACCAGGAGUCACAAAACAAAUCAGAGGAAGAGGAAGUGUCAACAGAGCAAGAGUCAGACUCCAGUCACUCAAGCUGGAGUUCAAGAGAAGGAUAUGGGUCAUCCAGGUCUGGGCAUUCAUACAGGACCAAGAGCCACAGACAAGGGUCUGGCUCUCCAGGGGGGGAAAGAAAUGAUUCCUCAUAUCAUGUAGGGCAUGGGGAGGGCUCAAGAAGGAGCCAUCAUCGAUCAAGUUCAAGCCACUCAGGGAGUAGUAGUGGAUCCAAAGCAAAUAAGCAGGUGGGGAGGAGACAUAAAACAAGUAUUAGCCCCUCCAGAAAAUCUGGAGGAGAAGAAUAUGAAUAUGGCACCAGCCACUCAAGUAGAGAGGAAAGUCGUGGAUUCAGCAAUAGCCAGACAGGGAGAUUUGAGGCACCAGAAGAAGGGUUUAAAAGAGGAAGAGACAGGGGACAACGACACAGCUCUAGAUCACAUCAUUCUUCUAGCUAUGAGUCAGAGCAGUCAUCUACCUAUGAGCAACACCAGCCUAACUCUAGCCAUUCCUCUAACUAUGGACAAGGUGGAUCAAACUCAGGCCACUACUCAAGCCAGGGACAACGUGGUUCUGACUCAGAGCAGUACUCCAAUUAUGGACAAAAUCAGUCAGGCUCAGGACAGUCCUCAGGCCAUGGGCAAUGUGAAUGUGGUUCAGGUCAGUCUUCCAGCCAUGGACAAUAUGAGACAGGUUUGGGGCAGUCCUCUAACUUUGGGUCUGGUUCAGGUCAAUCUUCCAGGCAAAGACGACAUGGUUCUAGCUCAAACAGUCAGUCAGAAAGUUGGGGAAGACACAGACAAAGUUCAAGUUCAAAUCAGUCCUCCAGCCAUAGGAGAUAUGGGUCAGGUUCAGGGCAAUCCUCUGGUUAUGGACAACAUGGGUUAGGCUCAGGUGAGUCCUCUAGCUAUGGACAACAUGGAUCUAGCUCAGGGCAGUCUUCUGGCUAUGGCCAUGGGUCAGGGCCAGGUCAGUCUUCUAGCUAUGGGCAUCGUGAAUCUGGUUCCAGCAGUCAUUCAGAAAGUUGUGGAGGAUCAGGACAUUACUCUAGUUCACAUCAGUCUUCUGGCUAUAGCCACCAUGGAUCAGGCUCAGGUCACUCCUCUGGCUAUAGCCAACAUGGAUCUAGCUCAGGCCAGUCCUCCAGCUAUGGCCACCAUGGAUCAGGCUCAGGUCACUCCUCUGGCUAUGGCCAACAUGGGUCUAGCUCAGGCCAGUCCUCUAGCUAUGGCCACCAUGGAUCAGGCUCAGGUCACUCCUCCGGCUAUGGCCAACAUGGAUCGAGCUCAGGCCAGUCCUCCGGCUAUGGCCAACAUGGGACAGGCUCAGGCCAGUCCUCCAGCUUUGGCCAACAUGGAUCUAGCUCAGGCCAGUCCUCCGGCUUUGGCCAAUAUGGAUCUAGCUCAGGUCAGUCCUCCGGCUAUGGCCAACAUGGAUCUAGCUCAGGUCAGUCCUCCGGCUAUGGCCAACAUGGGACAGGCUCAGGUCAGUCCUCCAGCUGUGGCCAACAUGGAUCUAGCUCAGGCCAGUCCUCCGGCUUUGGCCAACAUGGAUCUAGCUCAGGCCAGUCCUCGGCUUUGGCCAAAUGGAUCUAGCUCAGGCAGUCCUCCGGCUUGGCCAACAUGGAUCUAGCUCAGGCAGUCCUCCGGCUAUGGCCAACAUGGCGCUCAGGCAGUCCUCCGCUUGGCCAACAUGGAUCUAGCUCAGGCCAGUCCUCCGGCUUUGGCCAACAUGGGUCUAGCUCAGGCCAGUCCUCCGGCUUUGGCCAACAUGGAUCUAGCUCAGGCCAGUCCUCCGGCUUUGGCCAACAUGGAUCUAGCUCAGGCCAGUCCUCCGGCUUUGGCCAACAUGGAUCUAGCUCAGGCCAGUCCUCCGGCUUUGGCCAACAUGGAUCUAGCUCAGGCCAGUCCUCCGGCUUUGGCCAACAUGGAUCUAGCUCAGGCCAGUCCUCCGGCUUUGGCCAACAUGGAUCUAGCUCAGGCCAGUCCUCCGGCUUUGGCCAACAUGGAUCUAGCUCAGGCCAGUCCUCCGGCUUUGGCCAACAUGGAUCUAGCUCAGGCCAGUCCUCCGGCUUUGGCCAACAUGGAUCUAGCUCAGGCCAGUCCUCCGGCUUUGGCCAACAUGGAUCUAGCUCAGGCCAGUCCUCCGGCUUUGGCCAACAUGGAUCUAGCUCAGGCCAGUCCUCCGGCUUUGGCCAACAUGGAUCUAGCUCAGGCCAGUCCUCCGGCUUUGGCCAACAUGGAUCUAGCUCAGGCCAGUCCUCCGGCUUUGGCCAACAUGGAUCUAGCUCAGGCCAGUCCUCCGGCUUUGGCCAACAUGGAUCUAGCUCAGGCCAGUCCUCCGGCUUUGGCCAACAUGGGUCUAGCUCAGGCCAGUCCUCCGGCUAUGGCCAACAUGGGUCUAGCUCAGGCCAGUCCUCCGGCUAUGGCCAACAUGGAUCUAGCUCAGGUCAGUCCUCCGGCUAUGGCCAACAUGGGUCUAGUUCAGGCCAGUCCUCCGGCUAUGGCCAACAUGGAUCUAGCUCAGGCCAGUCCUCCAGCUAUGGCCAACAUGGGUCUAGCUCAGGCCAGUCCUCCGGCUUUGGCCAACAUGGAUCUAGCUCAGGCCAGUCCUCUGGCUUUGGCCAACAUGGAUCUAGCUCAGGCCAGUCCUCCGGCUUUGGCCAACAUGGGUCAGGUUCCAGUGGUCAUUCAGGGAGUUGUGGACAACAAAGCUAUAAUUCAAGUUCACAUCAGUCUUCUAGCUGUGGUCAGUCUGGGUCCAGGUAUGGUCAGUCCUCUAGUGGUGGAUCUGGCUCUAGUCAAUCCUCCAGCCAGAGAAGAUAUAGAUAUAGUUCAGGUGGUCAGUCUGAGAGAUGUGGACGACAGGGACAUAGUUCAAGUUCACAUCGGUCCUCUAGCUGUGGAGGAUCUGGGUCCAGGUAUGGUCAGUCCUCUGGUGGUGGGUAUGGCUCUAGUCAAUCCUCUAGCCAGAGAAGAUAUAGAUAUAGUUCAGGUAGUCAGUCUCAGAGGUGUGGACGACAAGAGCGUAGUUCAAGUUCACAUCGGUCCUCUAGCUAUGGGCGACACAGAUCUUGCUCUGGUGAAUCAUCUAACUUUGGACAACAUGGGUCUAGUUCAAGACAGUCAUCUAGUCAGAGACGGCAUGGAUCCAGCUCAAGUAGUCAGUCAGGGAGUUGUGGACAGCAAAGACGUGGUUCAAGUUCACAUCAGUCCUCCAGCUAUGGACAAUGCCAGUCUGGCUCAGGUCAGUCCUCUACUUAUGGGCAACAAGGGUCCAGCUAUGGUCAGUCUUCUAGCUGUGGAUCUGGCUCGGGUGGUCAGUCAGUAAGUUGUGGAGAACAAGGACAGUACUCUAACUAUGGACAGUGUAGUUCUGGUUCAGGACUACCUUCCAGUUAUGGAUCUGGAUCAGGCCAGUCAACUUGCCAGAGUUCAGGCAGUCAGUCGGGAAACUGUGGAGAACAAUACAAUUCAAAUUCACAACAGUCCUCUAGUUACGGACAAUGUGGGUCUGUAUGUGAUCAGUACUCUGACUAUCCACAAUAUGGGUGUCAAUCUUCUAUCUCUGGAACUUAUGGCUCAGGUUCAGCUCAGUACUGUAGUUCUGGAAGUCAUACAUCCAGUGUGGGUGGACAGACAUGUAGUUCAGAGAGACAAAGAUGUAAUUCAAAUGGUAGCUGUGGGGAGUUUGGGAGAAAAACGAUUGGCUCAACAUUCAUCCAGUAUGAGGAGAGCAAUAAUGAGUCAUCAGGGAAUAGAAAUAAUGAAAGUAAGACAGUGUGCAGCCUCUCUAGCCAAGAUGAAGUUGGUUCUCAGAGAACAGGAGGAUAUUAUGGAAGGGUGAGAACAUACUCAGGUUCCCAAUAUCCCUGUAGCAUCACUCCUCUCUAUGAGUAUUGCCAAGAGCAAAGAUUUCAUUACUACAAGUAAAAAGGUAGAUGAAUGCUAAAUAACUGAAAUAACAGAAAAAGAGGAAAGAAAAAUUUAUACUAUGACCAAGCCAUUUACUGUGGCAUUCAGUUCUGGGAACAGGGCAAACUGCCUUUGUCCUUUUCGUUUAAACCUACAUGUCAACUCUAUGCCUUCUAUCUGGUGGUAGCUUCUUAGAACAGUUCCACUUAGUGGUGUAGGGUAUUUAGCCCCUUGGUUAGGAAAUAGUAAUUAGACAGAGUCCAUGGAGUAUAACACUAAAUAUGGGGCAGUAUCCAUUUGGGGCCAAUGCAAUUUGGGAGCUUGGGAAUCAUUUUUUAACCUGUAAAGCUUGAUUAGGGUGGGGGUGGGAGAAGGGAUGCUCAUGGAUUGUUCAAUUUACUGAUGUAAAAGUUUAUUAUUACUCCUUUCCAAGGAGUUAAGAAGCAAGAUUGCCUAACUCCUAAUUGACUAAAUUAUCAGUUCUCAAGGCCAAAGCCACUGUGGCAGGGUUGUGUACUUGCCUUCAGAUUCAUGCCAUGGCAAAAGUUAGCAUGGGGGUAGGAAAAUUUUAAGGACAGAGAUUCAAUCUCAGAACUUUCUUUUCAAUGUUAUCCAACAUUGAUUCUGAGGAACUUCUUUAUUAAGUAAGCUAAAAAUCAACAUGAGAAAUUGCCAUCAUGUCUUUUUCCCUAGCCAAGAGAGGAGAUCUUUGAUAAAUGAGAGUUGGCAACAUUUUUAUUCAAAAGGCAAACAUCUUGGGCUUUAAUUGCAGCUAAACAUUUGUCUGCAUGAAAACUAUUCUAGCUAGUAAAAAGUAUAGGCAAGAUAGCCACUUACACAACCUUUCCACUCUAGAGAAUGUUAACUAUCAGGAAAAGGGGACAGAAAAUGUAUGUUAACAACCAUAUGAUAUUUUUGAUCAACUAUAAUACUUGAUUAUUGCUGUUCCCUUGAGGGCAUUUGGUAAAAUCUAAAAGCUGGAUUUCAUGAAAACUGAUAAUAAACUAUUGUUUAUCAAAUAUU